GGCCCCCAUAAAAAGCAGCCCUGGGUGAGUGCUGGCAUCCACCACUGCUUCCUGGCUCAGCUUGGGAAAAGGCUUUGCAUUGAAGGCUCAUCUCUCUCACACCAAGAUGUCUUGCUACGACCUGUGCCCACCAAAAACCAGCGUGGCCGUGCCCCAGCCCAUCGCUGAGAGCUGCAACGAGCUGUGCGCGCGCCAGUGCCCCGACUCAACGGCCUUCAUCCAGCCACCGCCCGUCGUCGUCACCUUCCCCGGCCCCAUCCUCAGCUCCUUCCCCCAGCAAGCCGUGGUGGGCUCCUCCGGAGCACCCGCCUUUGGGGGCUCCCUGGGGCUGGGGGGCCUCUACGGUGCUGGGGCCACUCAGGGCUCGGGGGGCCUCUGCACCUUUGGCAGACCCUACGUGUCUCCUGCCUGCAGCCCCUGCGCCUUGCCCCGCUACAGCAGGAAGCUGUGGGACACCUGUGGGCCCUGCUAAACCCAGUCUCUGCUUUCAACCAGCACCACCAGCAUCUGCUCAUGCCAGAGCUCCUGGGUAUCAAGUGCUGCAGAGUGCUGAGCAGCUCCAGUCCCAAAUGAGUUCUGGGCUGCUGGCAAUGACGGCACCUUUCCCUAUCCUCUUGACCUUCUCAUUUCUUCCAUGGCCUUCAUCUUCUUCCAUGGCCUAACUUUUACGCUCUAUUUCAUUCUCCAACCCUUCUGGCAUCAAUAAAGUUUUCCUGCUUCCAA